AUGGCAGAGGGGCGAACUGAAGGUCAAGAUGAAUUUGGAUCGAAUGCUCGACCUGCCUUCUCUGAUAUGAUCCAGUUGAUGGAUCUGCCAGCCAAUCUGCUCCCAGAGACCGGCAAACAUCGACAUUCGGGCAGGCUGAUAGUUGUGGGCGAUGUGCAUGGGAUGAAGGACGACUUGAUUCAUCUGUUAGACAAAGUUGAUUUCAACAAGAAGCACGACCACUUGAUUCUAGCCGGAGAUAUGAUAUCAAAAGGUCCAGAUUCUCCAGGAGUUGUAGACUUGGCGAUGAGACUCGGUGCGACUGGAGUGCGGGGAAACCACGAAGAUAGAAUACUUCUUGCACACAAGGAUAUGGUGGCGCAGCAUAUUUCAAUGGACAGCCCGGAUCCGAACGAGGAGACAGACAAGAAACAAGAUGCCCUUGAGGAAGAGAGUUUCAGUCAUGGAGACUAUAAAGAUAGAGCACUUGUGAGAGCUCUGGGAGAGAAGAGGAUAAAAUGGCUGAAGGAUUGCCCGGUGAUUCUGAGGGUUGGGGAGCUUGGUUCCAUGGGCCAGGUCAUCGUCGUACAUGCUGGUUUAGCACCGGGUGUAGAGUUGGAGAAGCAAGAUCCGGUCAUGGUGAUGAAUAUGAGGACGAUAUCCGAUGAAGGAGUGCCAAGCGAUGAGCGAGAUGGGACUGGUUGGAUGAAAGUCUGGAACAAAUACCAGAAAGGUCUCCCGAAACACGAGCAUACGACUGUUAUUUACGGACAUGAUUCGAAGCGAGGACUUCAGAUUGGAAAAUAUAGUAUGGGGAUUGAUACUGGAUGCUUGAAGGGAGGCCAAUUGACUGCUGUGGUCAUCGAGGGUGGUCAUAGCGACCACAAGCACAAGAUUGUUCAUGUCAACUGCAAAGACGGCCGUAAUAGAUGA